AGUGGCAAUACGACGGCGAUUCAGACACAACAAUCAAAACCCCAAAACCCCUAGCCAUCAAAAGCUCUGACAAUCUUCAGGCUCAUACCACAGCACCAACAUUGGUUCACUAGAAAAGAAAAAAAAAAGGAUGGGCAGAGCCGAGAAAGAGCAACUGAACAAAACCCUGAAUUCCCACCUCAACACCAUCCAUGAAACCUUACAGGUGUUGGAUCAAAGCCCAGCUUCUUCUCUUGACAAAGUGAGUUGGGAGGAGGUGAUCAAAAUGGGUGACCAAGUCUCCAAGCAAGCUACCAUGGCUGGAAUGCUUUGGACUGGAGAAACACCGGAAGUUAAAGCACUUGAGGAGAACAUGGAAGCAUACUUCAAUAUACUGCAGGGCUUCCUUCUGCUUUCCCAUGGAAGUUUAGUGCGUGCAGGGCCUACUCUGUCUUCCUCUAUACAUAAAUCCGCAAAACAAGUUGUUGAUAGCAGUUUUAAGUUGUUCAUGGAAUCUGUCUCUUCAUAUGGAUCUCACAAAAAAGACCAAAAACUCUCAAUCCCACAGUUGGUUGGUUCGGUAUGGAACUCAUGUUCUGCUCUUAAAAAGACUCCUUCUACAAAUGUCACAGCCAUUGGGCGAGGUAUGACACAAGUUGCAGUUUCUAUAAAGGAUGUUCUUCGUGAGAUGAAGGAGCUUAAGCCAGGUUCCUCUGACCCAACAGAUGAAACUUAUGAACAGGCUUCUAACAACGCAGAAAGCGAGCCCCAAGAUGAUGACAAUUCAUGUGAGGAUGAGCUAGGCAAUGACCUGUCACCUGAAGAGAUGAAAGUUGCCCAGUCAGCAAUUGGGGUUGUGUCUGAAACGCUUGUAGUUAUUAAGGAUCUUAUUCGCACCAUCACAGGUUUGCUUGAACUGGAAAAUCCAAAUGACUGCAGUAAUUUUGUGGAUUGUUUGGAGAAAUUGUUGAAGCUGUGUCAAGGAAUUGGAGAACAGAUUGAUGAGCUCGGAGCUUGUCUUUACCCCCCACAAGAGGUUCCAGCUAUGAAGGCCACUUCUGAGAAAAUCUUCAGCAUCAUAGAUGAUAUGCAGGUAGAGCUGGAAAAUCUUAAAGGACCAUCGGAAGGUUUUAUUCAGGCAUGUAAUGGUUUGAGGGGUUCACUGAGACUGUUUGAAUCUGAACUAGCUUGUCCUACUACUGCUGAUCUGGAAGCCAAAAUGCAGAACAUUGCCUUGAGUAGUUGAGUCCAAGGGACUUUUACCGGUGUGGUAUUUUGUAAUUUGUUAUGAACCAGGUGUUGGAUAAAUUAUUUAAAGUAGUUUAGUGAUACAAUAAAUCUUCCUAGAUAGAUUAGUAUUGUUAUUUGUUUGUAUUUAGAUAGAUUAGUAAUACAUUAGAGGGAGCACUUGCCAAAAAAUUCGCAUUUGAAGAUAAAAGGAUCAGUGAAGUGAAAAAGAUAAAUCAAAGAGAUCUUCUCGUGAUUUCGAA